AUGUACUGCAAAAAUUUUGUUUUUUCAAUAAGAGAGCUUAGGGUAACAUGUAAAACGGUAAGACUGCCUUUGCAUGAUAUCAAAGAGCGCAAAUUCCAGAAUUCGGGUCUGCUGAAUCGAUGUACACAUCUGAAGACCAGGAAGGCUGAUUUGGAAGAUCUUUGUUUGGUUCAUAGCCGAACGUAUGUUGAACGAAUUGCUGCAACGCGCGAGAUGAAUCUUGAGGAGCUCGAAAAACUCGCUUCAACUUUUGAUGAUAUAUAUUUCAAUAAUUAUUCCUACGAAGUAGCUACGAUAAGUGUUGGUGUUGCGUUGCAAGCUAUGGAGGCUGUUCUUUCUGAAGGAGAAAGAAAGAGUUCAUCAUUCGCAGCAAUCCGACCACCAGGUCAUCAUGCAUCAUGUGAAAAAGCAUGCGGUUUUUGCAUAUUUAAUAAUGUGGCUAUUUGUGCUAAGAAGGCCCGAGCACUCGGUGUGGAAAAAGUUUUAAUAGUUGACUGGGAUGUCCAUGCUGGUCAAGGGACACAAUAUGCUAUAGAGGAUGAACCAAAAAUCAAGCUGAUAUCAAUCCAUCGUUAUGAACAUGGCUUGUUUUGGCCCUAUUUGCCUGAAAGUGGUAUAUCUCAUAGAUAUAAAAAUACGAUCAAUGUGCCUUUGAAUACAGUUGGUAUGGGUGAUUCAGAAUAUAUUGCAUUUAUACAACAUUUUGUCGUUCCUAUAAUUCACGAUUUUAUGCCCGGUUUAAUUUUGGUAUCAUGUGGAUUUGACGCUGGUUUUGGUGAUCCAGAAGGAAAUAUGAAUGUAAGUCCCGCAGGAUAUUACUGGAUGACGAAAUUGGUUCUCGAUGCUGCUACCGCAAUCGGAUCACCAUUGUGCAUGGUACUGGAAGGUGGCUAUUUUAUCGAUUCGCUCACAUAUGGUGUUCAAUUUUGCAUAAAAGCUUUGCUUGGUGAUCCAGAACCAAAUAUUCAGUUGGGAUUGUGUAACAGCGAUUUCCUUCACUCACUGCACAGUGCAAUUUUAUUUCAUGCCUCUGAGUUCUCAAGUCUCCAGUUACUUGCUGACGUUACUUGUCAUAUAAGAACCCGUUGUUUUGUCCCAAAAAUAACGCCAAUCAAGACUGAAUAUAAGUAUCAAAAGAUAUCGGACGAGCAUGAAGAUGUAUAUGACACACGGGGUGUAUAUUGUCGUCCAGCAGAAUCAGUGACUCAGCGUUUACGGCAGGAGCUUGAAAAAAUUAUGUCUAAGAGUUGCGAUAAGAAAAAUAAGGAAACAAUAUCACUGAUUUUCAUUGAGAAAGCAAAUGGCGAGAAUACUGAAAAGGAGAUUGAAAUAGAAGUGAAGGAUCUUCAUCGCAGAGCAGUUGCCGAUUUUAUGCAGCUACAUAUUUUAAAUACACCGUGUACGGAACUCGUGUUAUCAGAAAAGAAUCAGAUGGAUGAACUGAAGUAUAUGCAAAAGAAUUGUGACGAAGACACGACCAUUACUAUUGUUGAAGGUCUUUUUAAAUUAUUCAACCAUCAUCAUUGUCUAAACUUUAAUCAUUUAUUAAAUUUUGAAUUAGACCUGGCGUAG